AUGAGUAGCAUUAAUUCUGAUAUUGACGAUUUCUCCUCUGACGAGGAAAGCAAUAACCCACUUCUAAUAACGUCCAAGAAGAAAAUAUCUACAGUUAACGAUGCAUUUGAUCAGGAUGAGGAACACAGCGAAGAGAAUGAUGGUGAAGAAGAUAUUACUAAGGAUUCUAACAAUGCCACCAAAAAUGAAAAGGAAGACAUGAAAGGUGUAAGGCCACAAAACGAUGACAACGAAAAAAAUCUAGGUGCUACAAAGGAGGAUAAUGAUAUGAUGACUAAGGAGGAGAAGACGGCCAAUCUAAAAAAGAGAUUAGCCCUAGUGCAACAUAUGCGUAAGAAUUCAAAACAUAAGACUGGUGUCAUAUACCUGUCGAGUAUUCCUCCAUAUAUGAAACCUGCGAGGAUGAGACAUAUCCUCUCGCGAUUUGGUGAAGUAGACAGAUUGUUUUUAAAGAGAGAAACUGACGACAAGCAUAAAAGAAGAGUUAAAGGUGGUGGUAAUAAAAAAACAAUGUACGAGGAAGGUUGGGCAGAAUUUGUUAGGAAGAGAGAUGCAAAAUUAUGUGCAAUUACUUUGAACGGUAAUAUUAUUGGUGGGAAAAAAGGUACGUUCUAUCACGACGAUAUAUUAAAUGUAAAAUACCUACCUGGAUUUAAAUGGGCUGACUUGACUGAACAAAUUGCUAGAGAGAAUGAUGUUAGACAAGCCAAAUUGGAGAUUGAAAUAUCGCAAGCUAAUAAAUUAAAUGCUGAUUUCAUCAAGAACGUAGAACAAAGUAAAAUGAUCGCCAACAUAAAGAACAGCAGAAAGAGAAACUCCACAGAUAAAGAGACAGAGGAAGGUGAAAAUAGAAGAAAUUUCAAACAGCAUAAGGUUGCAACCAACAGAGCCGAUGCUCCAAAGGCUAUUAAGAAUAACAGCAACAAAAAAUCGAUUAAUUUAAAUAGCGUUCUGUCCAAUUUAUUAUGA